CACAAUUUGGAGUAGUAAAACUUAAAUUAACCUAUGUAAAUCGUCUCUUGCAAUAUACUAUGCACAAGUCCCUUGAACCAAAAGCAAACGGGGCUCUGUAAAGCCAACACAACACUCGUGGAAGAUUCCUUAUCCACGGCGGAAAAUCAGCGGCCGAGUCACUUCACCGGCGGUUUGCCUGAAUGAAAAUCUCCGAGAAUACAACAUUCACUUCCUUAUUUCGCAAACCGGAGUAUGGUUCCAAUAUCAACUGGGUUUUUAAUCCGGGCCUAAAAGUAUCAGUAUCAGCCGGCGUGUUGGGCGCUGUAGGUGUGGCUUUAUUGAUUAAAGGCAGAUGGUACUUCGCCUUGAGCUCCUCGGAUCAGGACAACGUUUAUCCUAGGUCUUGGGUUGUCCCCGGAUUGCAGAAUCUUGGGAACAACUGUUUCCUGAAUGUUGUUUUGCAGGCUUUGGCAAGCUGUCCGAGCUUUCGAAAUUACCUUCGGGAAAUGGUGGAAGAAUACGGGUUAUUAUCGGAUGAAGAAGGAGAUGGAAGCUUACCUUUAUUUAAUUCAUUGAAUUCACUAGUGGAAGAAUUAUGUACUGUUCGGCAUACAACAACUGUACUAAGUCCUCGGAAAUUGAUGGUUAUGAUGGAACAUUACAUUCCAAAUUUCAGUCUAACCAGUCAACAGGAUGCUGAGGAAGCCUUUUCACUUCUUUUAUCUUCUUUGAGAGAAGAAAUAGCAGAACAUUGUGCCCCUAAUAUAAGCUGCUUAGCAGAUUUGCCUGUGCUUCAAAAUGGUAGGAUUCUUUCAAGGAGCCAUGAGGGGGAAACUGAAUUCCAGAGAUGGGCUCGCUGUUUUCUGAAGCCCUUUGAUGGGAUUGUUUGCAGCAACUUAGUUUGCCAAAGCUGUUCGUUUCAGAUGGCUGGAUGCACCCUGGAGGAUUGCCUUAAGAAUUUUUUUAUGGCAGAACAUGUUGAGAACUAUUGCUGCAACAAUUGUUGGCAUAAUGCUGCUAUUGAGUAUUCAUCGGUUUUUGCUGAAGAUAAGACAGUCGUUGAAAAACUUCAAAACUGUAAUAAGGAUGAUUCUUGUGUGUGCAAAAAACUCUCUUCCCUCGAAGCAUUUCCUUGGUCAAACAGGUUCUCUCGUACUUUGAAGCAAAUGAGUAUUUCACGAAGCCCAAAGAUUUUAUGCAUUCAUUUGCAACGAGCUUCGUACAACAUGUUUGGGCAGUCGGUGAAACUUCAGGGCCAUAUCUCAUUUCCUUCCAUCUUGGAUAUAUCUAAGUUUAUGAAUACUGGAAUUGGAAGAAAAAGUACGUCAAAGUCGCAAUUUGGUCCACUUAACCCAAGUCUUAGGGAAAUAAGGUCCUUCCCUUUUCCCAAGUACCGAAAUACGCUCGUCAGUCCACGAAAGCUACACUCAGCAAAAAACACUUGCUUCGAAACAAAUGCAUCUGGCAACCAGGAAAACACCAUUGCAGUCAAUAAUGGUCCUUGUUUGAAAGCUUCCGAGUCUAGCUUGCUCGAUUCUGAAAGACGUGCUAAUACCAAUGAAAGUACUAAUUUACCCUUGCCACCAUUGAGACACCAAACGUACCGUUUAGUUUCAGUUGUGGUGCACUUUGGCUCGAGUUUGGGAGGGCACUACACUGUUUACCGAAAAGUGACGGGUCGAUUAGGGGAUGAAGAUCUCGUGGCCCUGCUCGAAUCUUCUAUCGAGCAAUGGUUUUGUAUUUCGGAUUCUGAAGUUUACAGUGUCUCGGAAAAAGACGUGUUGGGUGCAAAUGCCAGCAUGCUGUUUUACGAGAAGAUCUAGAAUUCCUGAGGGUUUUUAAUUUUGUUGGUUUUAACUUGAAAAGUUUAUUGUUAUGCUGAGGGAUAUCAAUAUGCUUCUGCACAAUUUGAGUAAAAAUUGGUCAUCAAUUAUUUUACAGGUAUUUUUUUUUUAUUUGGUUUCA